UCUAAACGUUCGGUCUCCCCUUCUCUCUCUCUUUCUCUCUUCAUCUCUCUAACUCUUCAUCUCUCCCUCUCUCUAACUCUCUCGUCAGUUCAGGCAACAGGAAGAAGAAGCGCCGCGGAUGCCAGGUGGCAGAGGAUUAGGUGUGAUGGCGUAAACCGCCGGCGACACUUGGUGACGACGUCGAUGCAAGGUAUCGCCGAGUUAUCAAAUCUAAAGAAGCUAAAAAUGGGGUGUUUGAUACUCCGGCGGCGCUCCAUUUUUCGUAAUUGGAUUUGUGGUGGUCAGCCAUCAGUCCGACGAAUAUCAUCGUCGUCAUCUGAACAUGCGGCGGCGGCUGCGCCAUGGCUGUUGAUUAAAGACUGCUUCCACAAAAUGUUCUACAACUUCUACAAUCUCGGUGAUGAUAAAGUCGAACGUUUGAGCAAAAAAGGGAAAGAUGGCACAUUGGUCGGAUCUUCGCACGGGUGGCUAGCUUUGUACAUGUGGCGCCACAAAUACGACAAGUGGAAUUAUAGCUUCGAUGUCAUCCUCUACAAUCCCGUCUCUCGUCUCUCCGUAAAUCUCCCGCCAGUCGAUACAUUGCCUUUUUACAGCAGCGAAUAUAACCGACCGAGAAAGGUCAUUCUUUCAUGCUCUCCCGACAAAGGCGACGACAGCUGUCGGGCAAUUAUGUCUUUCGGUCCCGAACAUAGGCUGGCCGUAUGCUGCCUCGGACGACACAGUAACGAGUGGACUCCCAUCGGCGAUCUUUUUCACCAAAACGAGCCGAUAAACGACAAGUCCGGGUUUACUAAGAUUCCUAGGGUUUACGAGGACUUUGUGUUUUCCAAGAAAAAAAAUCUAUUGUUCUGCGCGACAAAGUACGACAACUUCGAGUGUUGGGAUCUUCGGGGCGCUUCUCCUACACUUAUUUGGAAGAAGGGAAACGAUGAAAUGGAAUACAACGAGGAUAACUACCCUUGGUCCGCCCGAUCGCCGGAAGAGCACGCGAUGAAACGAGAUACUUGCUGCUCGUUCAAGUACCUUGUGUUUGCGGAGAAGUCCGAUCGUCUUUUUCUCGUGCGGCGUAUCGUAAUGGAAAGAAUCAGACCUAAAGAUCCACAUCGUACGUACUGGCGUUACAAACCCGGAAAUGACCCGUACCUUACGUACGGUUUCGAAGUUCACGAAUUAAUUGUUGAUGAAAAGAAGAGAGAGAAAGGAGAGAUGAAGUACAUGAACGGUACAUUGGAUGGUAUGGCAUUCUUCAUCGGUUCUACGGGACAUGGAUUUGUCAUCGAAGAAGAAAACGACGACAGAAUACCGAUCAAUAAGAAGAAGAAUGUGAAUCCCGAUUCGAUCUAUUUCACCGACACAAAGGAACUCACUCUACAUCAAAUCAAUGAAGCUGAAGAUGAAUUGUACGGAUCCGGAGGCCACGAUAUAGGAAUCUUCGAUUACGAAAAAAAGACUUUCUCCCCGUGCUACUAUCCGCCUGAUAUCCGACGCAUUUCAAGAAUCGACCCCGCCCCAACAUGGUUCAACCCAUCCCAACCCUAGUUAGUUUUACCUUCUUUUUUUUUAUAUGCCAUUUUUUUUCUUUCUUGUACUAUUAUUAGUGUUAUUUUGAUUUCGUUUGCCUUAGUAAAAAUCUCAUGGCAACUAACAAUUUGAUCUUAUUUAAAUUGAGGAUGUUUGUAGGAGAUAAAGUUGUGGGGUUGAAAGAGAUGAUGUUUUGUGUGUAGUUUUUGCACAUGCACAUUGAAUAACAAUUAGAUGUGGAUUUUUGUGUGUUUGUGCUUCACUGAGGGUAAAAUAGUAUUUACACGUAGGUGGUCUUCCAU